AUUUCGGCGGUCUGUGUGCGGAUAUAUCGGCCACAAGAUUCGGAAUGAUCAUGACGAAGAAUGCGGCUGAUCAUCAGUCGCCAGGCCAGUAACAAGAUGCCAUCGUGCACCCAGAACAGCUCAAUGACAUUCUUGCGUCUACGCAGGCCAAUCCUCAAGACCGCAGCCUAAGACUGCGAGACACAUAGGCACGACCAUCAUGUGGGAGACAUCCUUCCAGCACGCUUCUUCCACUCCUCUUCCCCCCAAUGUAUCCAUCGACACUGGUCUACUACUACUUCGCGACUUCGACUGUAUCGUACGCCUAAGUCCAGACUGUCGAGGAUGCCACCCUAUACCCGCCCCGCCGACGAGCAACGGGUCGUCAGGAGCGAACGCCUCGAAUGGCACUGCGAACGGGACCAGCGAUAACAAUAUCACCUACUAUGAAGUCGAGGACGACCUCCCAUUCGUACCGAAGCGUCUAUGGAGCGGCGGUGUGAAGUAUCAAGCAGACUUCCUACCGACUUCCGACGGCUGCGACAUCACAGUGCACGCUCCCGGGGGCUUCACAUCCACGAAUCGAUGGCGACUACUGCGAGGGAACGAGCCAGCAGGUCGACCAUCCGAGCUCGAGCAUGAGAAAGACAUGGAUAAUGUGAAAUCGAAAACGUUGCUCCAUGCCGAUCAAACGAGUAGUGGCUGGUACGUGCAAAUCGUAUCAGAUGCCACAGUCAACAGGGCAUUUGCGAACUUUGUGAAAGGUGCUCUGAGGAACAGCCAUCAACAGCUACAGCAUGCUUUUAUUGAGAAGCUGAAAGGGGCAAGUGAGCAGCCGGCUGGGAUGCAGAGACCGAGACUUGGCAGGCGAAAGAGCAGUGUCUUGUAG